UUUUUUUCCCUCUUUUUUUUGUUUUUUCGUGGUGCUCUGUUCCCCGUAGCAGCCUAUCCCAUCCUUAGCAUCCUGCACUAGUCCUAUUUUUAGGGCCUUUUUCUCUCCUUCUUUUGGCUCCUGUGUUUGCCAAAAACGUGAAAGUUCUAACAUGCGUCAGGUGACGUCUUUAGCUUUCCGCACGAACUCGACAUGAAACGAGGGAGCCGGCGAACGACGAGGAUCCCCUUCUCCCUCCCGCGCUAGGUACGGAGUUAAGGGGGUAAAAGAAGGAGAAAAUGAAUAUUGAAACCAAGUUUUCGAAUUUUCAGUCAAGAGCGCUGCACAUCCAUCCCCGUGCGAAACGUGAUGGGCGCUCAGUUCAGGUGCCAGAAGACCUUGCUCGCACAUCACUCAAACCCCGAAAUCUUGCGUCUGUGGAGCCGAGUGCUCUGGCGCGAGUUUCAAGAAGCCUGCCGCAGUCCCUCGUAGCUUUGGUUCAAGCUCCUUCAUCCCUAGCUAGGGGCGAGGGGAGAAUGAAACGUCAAUUGCUAGCAAAGUCUUCUUGGAGCUCCGAGUCAAGCUUCGAUGAACUUCCAUCUCCACAACAAGAAGCACGAAGUGCCUGAUUUGUUGAUUCCAGCAUGCCUGGCAUUGUGGAGAUUGGUUUGAAAGCUCCAAAAGAAAAAAAGAAAAGGGGGGGAGAGCUCUCUUUCUUUGCUUUUUUCUUCUUUUCAGGCUUCCCCCUUCAUCGUCGUUUCAUCUUAGAGGAGCAAUGCAAAGCUUUUGUGUGGUGUAAUUACUCCCAAUGUUAUGAACAUGCCAGGGUUGGCUUUGCGCUUGGGCUCCCGGCUUAACGCAGGACCUGGUGCUCAAUAGCGGGGGCCCCCUGGCCCUUGAAGAUCAAACGAUCCCCCCAGGAAAUUUUCUUUUUCCUUAUUUUCUUUACAUACUUUAUUUUUCCUCUGGAUUAUUUGCAUAUUUUGACAGAAGUUUAAUUUUCCUGGUGACGAUCUUACUUCCUUAUCAGUCCCAUGACUUCAAAAGCGCGCCCGGAGCUUGGGAUGGAGCAGCAGCUGCCCUGCUUUUCCGCCAAAAACAAGCGACUCUCAUUUCGACUGUUCUCUAGGAUACCUUGUCCAGAUCCCCCAUGCGUCCUACAUUAUGUACAACUCGUAGAGGACAUAGCUACACGAAUUGCACAGGGUUGACGUUGCA